AUGCUGCGACUGGACACAGCGUACCAAGGUCGUCUCGAGCUCGAAGCGCAGGUGGGAUGGCUCAUCAACUACGUGAGGGAGCUCGAGCGAGAGAAAGAUGCGCUUGAAGAGAGUUGCGAGAGGAAGGAUGCCGAGUAUGCGUUCCAGAUGGGGAAGAUGCGGGCGUCUAUUGCACAUUUGCUCCCUCGGUUCGACGCACUCCACGAAAAGGUCUCUCGAAUACCGGGAAUGCUCCACGCGGUUCUGACGCAGCGUGGUUCUGUGAGGGAUAGGGAGGAGCAACGACAAUCGGCGCUUACCGACACAAUCAACUCAACUGGCGGUGGAACUGCGGACGAGACGGCGCAUUGA